AAAAAGGAAAAGAAAAUAAGAAAAGGGAAACGAAAAUGUAAAAUUGCCAAAAACAAACACGUGUGUGCUCCGGGCCCACUCUGCGUGUUCUUCACUAGAACCCUAGUCGGUCUAAGAUUAGGGUUUUCGCAGAGGAAUCAAUUUACAGAGCAGAGAGCCAAAAAAAAAAGCCCUAAUUUCGGUUUCAGGUGUAUAUUUGCGUUUGAGAUAGAAAAUUGCAGUCAGGAUGGUUGAGCUAUAUUUUGAUGAUGUCAUUAAAGUUGAUCGAGUGAAUGCAGAUGGUAAAAAGUUUGAUAAAGUUUCUCGUAUUGAAGCUCAAAGCGAGGAGGAUGACAUGCUGGUGCUGCUGGAUGUACAAUCGGAAAUAUACCCUAUUAAUGCUGGGGAGAAGUUCAGGAUGGUAUUGGCUCCAACACUCAAUUUGGAUGGAACAGCUGUCAGUAGCUAUUCUUCUGAGGGCGGACCGAAAUCACUUGCAGACAAAUUUGAGUAUGUCAUGCAUGGGCUGUUAUAUAAGAUGUCAGAGGACACGUCAAGCACUAUUGUUAAAGUGAUGAUAUAUAUUUCUUUCGGCGGACUUCAGAUGAUGCUGAAGGGGGACCCUAACAAGAUGGAGAAAUUUAAGGUUGAUCAGAGGUUGUUUCUCCUUCUGAGGAAGGUCUAAAAUUCUUUUCUUCUCCAUGGCUGCAGGAACCUCACAUUCCUGAACUCCUGCAUUUGCAUGUAAUAGUGUAGGAAAUGCCUAUCCUUAAUUUGAACUCUGUUGACUGGGGAAAAAAGAACUCUGACUUGAAUUGUAAGAACUUGUUUCUGGUGCUAGUUGUUUUGUACAUUGAUGCUGUUAUUGGUAAGAAUUUUCUUUGA